GACAGGCAGCCUUCUCACUACAACCAACACUACUCACACCACCGCAGUCAGAGCCGCAUCUCAUGCCUUCGCCUGCUCCGGGAUAGACAUCCGUCCGUCCGCCCACUGAAGCAGCCAGGGAGCUGGAAGCGUCCAGGUGAAGAUGCUGGAAAACGGGAGGAAGGUGUUCAAGGAAGGUCUGCUGGAGAAGCGAAGCGACGGGCUGCUGCAGCUCUGGAAGAAGAAGCACUGCGUCCUGACCGAGGACGGCGUGCUGCUGCUGCCGCCUAAGCAGCACGACCAGCCGCAGCACGGCGGCGGUGACACGGGCAAAGUCAAGGAGCUGCACUUCGCCAACAUGAAGACGGUGGACUGCGUGGAACGGAAGGGCAAGUACGUCUACUUCACGGUGGUCAUGCUGGAAGGGAAGGAGAUCGACUUCAGGUGCCCGCAGGACGAGGGCUGGAACGCGGAGAUCACCCUGCAGAUGGUCCAGUACAAGAACCGGCAGGCGAUCCUGGCCGUCAAGUCCACCCGGCAGAAGCAGCAGCUGCUUGUCGUGCAGAUGCCCGGUCAGAAGACGGUCCGCAGCUCGCCAAACGUUGCGUGACCUGCGGCGAGUCCCGCGGACAUUGGUGCACCAUUAUUAGCGGUCACAGUGCUCCCUCACAGAUCAAAUCCUGAGCGAAUAUGCUGGCAGAAGGGGACGAAAUCGUACAAAAUGUGGAUUUACUUUGGCGUAAAGAAAACUUUGGGAGUCUCUGCUGUAGGCCUCCGCCGGAAAAUAUGCUGGAUAUAUCCAUUACCAGACAGGUUUGAUAUUUCAUACAAGGAGGGCUUCUCCUUAUCCUUAACAUCUGGCGUUACGCGCGGAGAUAAAGAGAUUUAAAUUGCUCAUGUCGCGUAAUUACUCAAUAAAGGAAAGAUGACUAAUUGUUUAUAUAACACAUUUCAAAUUCGAUUUACAUGAGUGAAUCACUGUUGGAACAUGUUAAAAUAUGACACAGUGACUCUAAGCGUAAUUACGCGCAAAUUGCGCGGAAAAAGGAAAGGCCACAUCAGACCCAAGUGUAUGGAGCUUUAUAGUCCUACUACACACCACAGCAGCUCAUCUCACUCAAACUUGUGUUAUCAGUCAGAUAAGCUGCUUUGUGUCUGCUUGGACAACACAUUUCCAUGCACAUGGCUCUCUAUGGCACAUGGUGAUUUGGUGUCACACUGAGGUUUCAACCCAGCCAAACAUCAAUGGACCAAACAUCCGGAACCAAUGUGGACACGUUAUUAGUCAUUGUGAUACAAUGUUGGAAACAGGGGUCCUGCAAAGGCUUUGAGUUGAAGGGAGACAGUGUGGCAUGACCAAACAGGGUGGUUACUGGUUUUUUUUUAAGAAGCACAAUUCUCCAACGAUGUUUUUUUUUUUUUUUAAGAUUGACUUUGGUCAAAAACCCCAGUUGCCAUGAUAGAUAUUUGAGUAUUAUUACUCUUUAAGAUCAGGGCUUCACUUUCCUGAGCAGCCGGGCCGUAGCUACCAUCGAUCUCUGAGGUCAUGUCUUCUGUAUUUCUUCCAAGAAUUUGGGAAUUUUAGCAAUGUUGAUACAGUUAAUAUUUCACUUUUGUAAUUAUUAACAUGUAAUGUGUACUUUUAGGCUGAAUCCAGUAUUUUUUAGACUUCGUUAAUUCAAAUGUUAAUAUUUUUAGGCCAACAGAGAAAUAAUUUAAAUGUAUAACUAUUUCCCCACUAAAACCUUAUUACUGGCAGUUUAGGGAAAGCUUUGGAACAUAAGCAGUACUUAAAAUAUGGCAAAUUAAAAUUUUAAAACAUUUUAUAGACUCAAUUUGUUGGUUUCUGACCAAAAUCUUAAGAGGAAGUGUGAUUAAUGACCUCAGUAUUUCUAAAAUCCUAUCUACGGCCCUGCUGAGCAGUGAUCCUCUCUCAUGCUUGUUUCUUUUAUGUAAGAAAUACAUGUAUACUCAGUUAAAACUUCCACAUAAAGUGAGGGAAAACAGUUUUGCCAUUAUGUUAGUGUGAAUUGGCGUUAAUGGUUCGAGCAAGACUGUUGAAAUGAAAUGAGCAGCCUGAGGUCCUGUUACUGUAUAUUGAGUUCAUGUUGCCUCCUGUGUCAGGCCUCACCAGUCUGCAGUCUGUCUAAUUGAUUGCAUCCGCAGGUUAAUUGGACACUCAGCUGGAGGAUGAAUAUCUCCCCCUGCCGCUCCACCACAGACCUCCAUUCUCCAGCAGAACCCUCUCUUCCACACAGACCAGCUUCCCCUUUUCAAUACAGAGACUUAUUUAACAAAAGACUGAUGGACAAAAAGCAUGUGAGAAGACAACUGUACUCUACCGUGCGAUGGUUAUCCCUUAUUUAUUAGAUGUAUAUAUAUUUUCUAUAAAAA